AUUUUGGGGGUCAGCUGUCGUUCGUCCUGUCAGCAGACCCCUCCCCUCUCCCUCCACCUCUCUCUCUCUCUCUCUCUCUCCCCUUCCUCUGCACCCUCUCUGUCUCUUCUUCACCUCCUCUCCGAAAGCUGAGGAUGGAGACGUCGGUGAAAGCUGCCAAGGUGAUGGUUCCCCCCCAGCCCACUGAGAGCACAGAAGGUGAGGAGGCCGCUCCUCCUGCAGCCUGUGCCUCCUCUCCCUCCUCCGACUGCUUCGACCCCAUGGAGGAGUUCAACAGGCAGCUGGAGGACAUCAUCAGCACAUACGGAUCUGUUGCCAGCGUGCUGGACAAACAGAGUGCGGUGGAGGCAGAGAUGGAGAAGAUGAAGAAUGAGGAAAAAGACGACAUCAAAGUUAACAUAAAGUCAGAAGUGUCUCUCAUCAUGAAGAGUCUGAACAAGCUCCCCUCCCCCGAGAAGAAGCUUGAAGACCUGGUCAGACAACAUGCUGAGCUGGCAGCCCAGCGGCGUGUCGACGAGAAGAAGCUGUGUGUGCUGCAGCAGAGGAUGUCCCUCCUGCUGGAUGAGCGGCAGCAGCUGCAGGCCGAGAGGCGCAGCGGCGUCACCGCCCGCGGCAAACUGGAGACUCUGUGCAGAGAGCUGCAGGGUCACUACAGCAAGCUGAGGGAUCAGACCCUGAAGCGCUGCAGGGAGGACGAGGACAAGAGGAAGGAGAUGACCGGACACUUCCAGACGAUGCUGACCGAAAUUCAAGAUCAGAUCGAGCAGCACAGCUCCAGAAACGACAAGCUGUGCCGUGAAAACACCAACCUGACGGAGAAACUGGAGAGUCUGAUGAGCCAGUGUGAGAUGAGAGAGGAGAGUAUGGAGAAGAUCAACCAGCGCAGAGACCUGCAGCACAAACUGACUGAAGCUAAACUGCAGCAGACCAACGUUCUGCUGAGCGAGGCCGAGGAGAAACACAAGAGAGAGAAAGAAUAUUUGCUUAGGGAGGCUAUUGACAAAACAAAGAAAUGCUUCGCUAUGAAGGAGCAGGAGCUGGCCAUGAAGAAGAAGCUGACUCUCUACGGUCAGAAGUUUGACGAGUUUCAGGAGACACUGUCCAAGAGCAACGAAAUCUACGUCCGCUUCAAAAAUGAGAUGGAAAAUAUGUCAGAAAAGAUGAAGAAAAUGGAGAAAGAGUCAAAUCUGUGGAAGAAGAGAUUUGAGAACUGCAACAAGGCUCUGACGGACAUGAUUGAAGAGAGAUCAGAGAAAAACAAAGAGUACGAAAUGUUUGUCCUGAAGAUUCAAAAGCUGGAGAAGUUAUGCCAUGCCCUACAGGAGGAGAGAGGCGUCCUCUAUGAGAAGAUCAAGGACGUCCGCCAAGCUAACUCCAACCUGCCAUCAAAAAUCUUCCUCAGGUCUACCAGUGAAGACAUCCCCGUCCCUGAGAGUGCUUCCCUGCUGUCCCCCGAUGAUCUCCAGGAGCUCCAGCAGAUCCAGGAGGAGGACCCCAGAUUAACAGAGGAUAUGACCCGUCUGAGAGAACAGCAGGCCAAGCUAGAUGAGUUCGCUGCCUCCUUGUUGGCAACACCAAGCAACGAUGAGGAAGAAGACAAUAAAGAUUCAGACACUGAAGAAGAUUUGACGGCUUCUGCACUCAUGCAGUUCACAACCAAAACUAAGGUCAAAGAGGAAGUGGUUUCUGUCCCUGAGCAGGUGGUGGUUGAGGAGACUGUCGAGGAGGAUUCAAAGCCAGCGAUGAUAACACCAGAAGCUCCAACAAAUGUCGAGAACACCCCUGAAAUGACCCCAGCCAACGCAGAACCAGAAGCAGUAAAAGUUGAAACCCCGAUCAACAACGAAGAGGUGCAACCAGUUACACCAGAACAGCAACAACCAGCUGAACUGGCUUCGACAACUGAGCCAGAGAAAGUCGAGAUCAGCCAACCAACGGACACAAAACCAGAAGCUACGGAGGCUGAGAUCAAACCAGCGGUCCCAUUGGAAGACAAACAGGUACCAGCUGAACCAGUGAAAGAACCAGAGGAAGCACCAACCGAGUCAGAAUCAGCUCCACCCUCCAAAAACACACCUAAAACGACUGCUGCCCCCUCCAAUGCAGAGUCUUCCAAGAAGCAAACUCCAAAGAAAAAGAAGAAGAAGAAUACCAAGAAUGCUAGCUAAAACUGAGAUGAUGCAGAAGAUGUGUGUGUUAAAUAAUUAGGGAAUAGUGUGUGUGUGUGUGUGU